AAACCACCCAUGAAUUUUGAUAAAUAACCCCUGAUUGGAUUGGCUACUAUGCUAUGAUGUUUAUGAUACCAGUUGAUCUGAUUGGUUAUGAUACCGGUUGAUUGGUCGAAAAUUUUUUAUCAAAUGCUUUCCAUAUCAUAGUCGAACCCCAGUUAUAUAGAUGAUUUCUUUUCUUCUAAAUUGCUUCACCCUGAUUUCCUAAUUCCUGUAUCUAUAAUCCUACAUUUCAGGCGAUUACAACGAGCGAUGGAGGCGAAUACUGGUUCAGUCAUCUUGUUCCAUAACGCGGUAAUAAUAACGAUGGAUCCCCAGAAGCGGGUUUUCCGAAAUGGUGGACUCGUUGUGGAAGCAGACAGAAUCAAAGCCAUUGGUCAAUCUGCCGAGAUUUUUCACGAAUUCUCUGCCAUUGCAGGGGAGCUUGUCGACCUUAACGGCCGUAUAUUACUUCCAGGCAUAGUCACUCGAAUAUUAACAGGGUUUGUGAAUACACACGUUCACACCUCUCAACAGCUUGCGAGAGGGAUAGCUGAUGAUGUUGAUUUAUUGACUUGGUUACAUGAACGUAUCUGGCCUUAUGAAUCAAACAUGACGGAGGAGGAUUCGUAUAUCUCGACUUUACUCUGUGGAAUUGAACUCAUACGAUCUGGUGUAACAUGCUUUGCUGAAGCAGGUGGGCAGCAUGUCUCUGGAAUGGCAAGGGCAGUGGAGUUGUUGGGUCUACGUGCAUGUUUAACACAAUCAACCAUGGAUUCUGGCCAGGGCUUACCAGAUCACUGGGGUGUUCAUAGUACUGAUUACUGUAUUCAGUCUCAGAAAGAACUUUACAGGAAGCAUCAUGAAACUGCAGAUGGGCGUAUCAGAAUAUGGUUUGGAAUAAGGCAAAUCAUGAAUGCAACAGAUCGCUUGCUUCUUGAAACAAGAGAUGCAGCAAAAGAACUAAAUACAGGCAUUCACAUGCAUGUUGCAGAGAUACCAUAUGAGAAUCAACUAGUGAUGGAUACCCAGGGAGUUGAUCAUGGAACAGUUACAUACUUGGAGAAAAUAGAGCUGUUACAAAGCAACUUGCUUGCAGCUCAUUCUGUUUGGGUAAAUAAAAGUGAGAUCGGUUUCCUUUCAAAGGCUGGGGUCAAAGUCUCUCAUUGUCCUGCUGCUGCAAUGAAAAUGCUGGGAUUUGCACCUGUAAAAGAGAUGCUUGAUGCUGGCAUUUGUGUCUCGUUGGGCACUGAUGGAGCACCAUCUAAUAAUAGGAUGAGCAUUGUUGAUGAAAUGUAUCUAGCUUCACUAAUUAGCAAAGGACGUGAGGUUUAUUCAAAAGGAACAACCAACCCCACUGCAAUGCCUGCAGAGGUGGUUCUGAAAAUGGUGACAAUAAAUGGUGCAAAAUCAGUAUUAUGGGACAAUGAAAUAGGAUCACUUGAAAUAGGAAAAAAGGCUGACAUGACCAUCAUCAAUCCUUUCUCUUGGUCUAUGAUUCCUCUGCAUGACUGCAUUUCCAGCCUUGUUUAUUGCAUGCGUACUGAAAAUAUUGAUUCUGUCAUGUGCAAUGGCCAGUGGAUCAUGAAGGAUCAGAAGAUCUUAAAUGUAAAUGAGGAAAAAAUUAUUUCCAUGGCAAAGCAAGCUUCUGGUGCACUUCUGAAAAGGGCAGGCAUUAGAAUUCCAGACAGAAUGAAUGUCCUAUAACAUUCUUCUAAGCAAAUCUUCACAGAAUUUGUUUCUUGAAAUCUAUUAUUAUCCAAGCCCGGAUCUCCUGAAAGCAAAAACUGCGCUAAUCUCUGAGAUCAUGGCAUCCAGCCGCACAUGGGGAAUAUCUCCCAUACAUGUAUAUUAAAUUCAUGGGGAGACCUUCCCGAUGUACUGCUGGAUGCCGUGCUCUCGAAGUGUUACAGUUCUACCUUUCAGGAAAUCCCGUCUCUUAUUAUCUUUUAUCCAAGAGAGUCAGUUGACUAAUCCAGAUUUUUGUGGGGGUUGUCCGUGUAAGUUAUGUAUUUGAGCAAAGUACUCUGAAAAAAGUUGUUGUCCAUUUCCUUUGCUCAAGCUUUCUGUGCUCAUGUUAAGCAGGUGGCAACAUCUUUUGAAGUCUAUAUUUAUACAUAUCCAAACGAAAUUACGAUGUGUUGGCCUUUCUUUUUUUUUAAGUAGACGAUGUGUUAGCCCAUACCAUGGCAUAUAAUACUUGUAUAUCUAAAGAGAAAUGUUGUACAUGCAUAAUCCUUCACCUUGGAUGAGACACUUUUUUAUUAAACUAACAAAGCAGACAUCAUCUGAAUUGUACGCCUGCUGGAUGUCUGAAAUUUUUGAAAUAAUAAACAUGUUCUGCGUAAGCUUGAUUUAUUC